AUGAGCCGCAACGGACUGGCCGAUGGCCGAGCCAAGGUAAGCUUUCUUUGUGCCAAUCUGAGCUCUACUGACUCUCAGAUCCCCCUUCCCAAGAACCUCCUCUUCAUCGAGCCCGGAGUCACCCCCAACUCGGUCAACAACACUCCUACCAAUGGCGACCAGAACGACCCCCUCGCUCAAGCCGGCGCUGCCCUUCCCAGCAGGAAGUCCACCGGGGACAGCUCCAAGACUACUACACCCACAGAACAAGCCCCUUCCCGCCCCGCUGUCCAGCCCCUCGAGGACGAGACGAUCCACAAGCUCGAGCGGAUCGGCAAGAUCAACGACCGGGAGAAGCAGCUUCCGCAUGUCCAUGCCGAGCCGAAUGAGUAUUAUGGUGGGAACCAGGUUUGGAGUCGUGCGAGGACAUUCAGUAAUGUCGGAACGGAGGGGUUCAAGAAGGGAAGACCGCAGCAUAUGGACGGAGAGGUCAUUGGUCGGAACCGGAGAUUGUCCCACGACGAGAUCAGCGCGUCUGCACCGAGGCGGUUCUUGGUCGACGUUGAAGAGACCAUGCGGAUUGUUCUCGAGCAGGAAGAUACCGACGCAAACUUCCAGAUCUCGAUCUACGACUCUGGACCCAAGCUUCUCGCUCUGGGCACCGCAAGUUCCAAUGCGCACAAGUUCUUCGACAUCAGGGGCACCUACAUGCUGUCCAACCUGCUCCAAGAGCUCGCCCUCGCCAGAGACUACGGUCGAAAGCGGAUCGUCCUGGAUGAAGCGCGCCUUGCCGAGAACCCCGUUGACCGUCUUUCUCGGAUGAUCAAGAACUCAUUCUGGAACGCCCUUACCAGGCGGAUCGACGGCGAAGGUCUCGAAGUGGCUUGUGCGGACCCAAAGAACCGGAGUCGGGUGUUGAGAUCGAGGAUUUAUGUUCCACACGGCGAGGAGGAGCAGGCGGAGUACUACCGUCAGAUCUCGAGAGAAAAGCCCAACCUCAACCUCGAGGUGAUCGUUCUCCCUGUUCACUGCGACGAGCCAUCAUUCGUCAAGACGCUCAACGACUACCCCGGGAUUCUCGCUCUGGCUAUGCAGAAGAAGGUCGACCCGGUCACCAAGCAGAGCAAGCUCGAGGCGCUCCCUUUCGUCGUCCCUGGUGCCCGAUUCAACGAGAUGUACUACUGGGACAGUUAUUUCAUGGCUCUUGGUCUCUUGGUUGAUGGCCGACUCGACCUCGCCAUGAGCAUUGUCGAACACUGCAUCUUCCAAAUCAAAUACUACAACAAGGUCCUGAACGGAAACCGGACCUACUACCUCUGCCGAUCCCAGCCCCCCUUCCUCACCGAUCUCGCCGUCCAGAUCUACAACCAGCACCAGGAUCGGGACGCCCUCAAGCCAUGGCUCAAACGUGCCAUCCAGGCCGCCAUCAAGGAGUACCACUGCUACUGGCUGGUCGAGCCUUCGCUGGACGUCAAGUCUGGUCUCUCCCGGUACCGUCCCGUCGGCGAGGGUGUCCCUCCAGAGACCGAGGCCUCCCACUUUACCCACAUCCUCCAGCCCUUCGCACAAAAGCUCGGUAUCUCGGUCAACGAGUACAUUGACGGGUACAACGACAAGACCAUCCACGAGCCCGAGCUCGACGAGUACUUUAUGCACGACCGAGGGGUGCGCGAGUCGGGACACGAUACCUCGUACCGACUUGACCGCAAGUGCGCGGAUCUCGCCACCGUCGACCUCAACUCGCUGCUGUACAAGUACGAGUCGGAUAUCGCCACCGCUAUCGAGCAGGUCUUUGGGGAUGAGCUUGAACUUGACGACGAGUUUGAUCUUACCCCUUGGCCCAUCACAGCUGAGGCGUAUGCGCCCGGUGCGCCCCGCGAGCGCUCUACAUCCCGGAAACAGACCUCGGCCGAGUGGAAGGCGCGUCUCGAGAAGCGGAAGGAGGCGAUGAAUGAGCUGUGCUGGAACGAGGGGCAGGGGAUGUACUUUGACUACGACUGCAAGGCGGAGAAGCAGACGCGGUACGAGUCGGUCACGACCCUCUUCCCGCUCUGGGCGGGGUGUGCGUCCGAGGCGCAGGCGUUCAGGCUGGUCGAUUCCGCGCUGCCCAAAUUUGAGGUGGCGGGUGGGCUGGUCAGUGGGACAGAGGAGAGUAGGGGGAUUAUAUCGCUCGACAGGCCGAAUCGGCAGUGGGACUACCCAUUCGCUUGGCCGCCGCAUCAAAUUAUGGCGUGGGUCGGGCUGGAGCGAUACGGGCUCGACGUGCACGCUUCCCGCUUGGCCUAUCGAUGGGUUUACAUGAUGACCCUGUCGUUUGUCGACUUCAACGGUAUCGUGCCCGAGAAGUUUGACGCUGUGGAGUUGAGCCACAUGGUUGAUGCGGAAUACGGGAACCAAGGUACCGACUUCCGCUACGUCCCCAGGGAAGGUUUCGGGUGGAUGAACUCUGCCUACCAGGUCGGCCUCCAGUUCUUGUCGGUCGGCAUGAGGCGAGCUUUGGCUGCUUGCGUUCCCCCAUGGGUCUUCUUCAACCUCCCCGCGCCCGACUUCCCGUCCGCCCGACGCAGGCGAGCCGAGCGGGAAGAGCGGGAGCUCCAAGCUGCCGCCCAGGGGCAGGGAGGCGAGCCCAAGAAGAGUGUCCACCACGAACCCCCAUCGCUCGAGCAGGCGAUCGCCAAUCUGAAGUUGGAGCAUGCGCAGUAA